AUGACCUCCAAUCACGACAGCCAUGAUAUCCCCGAACAGCGACCCGACAGCAGGAGGGAGCCGCGCCGGGUACGGGACUUCUUUUCGGUGCCUGCUCCUGUAAAGCGCGUCUUUGAUCGCUUUCCUUUGAUCACGUACCCCGAGAAUGACUUGCCAUACCACGCCUGGUCAACGCGACGGGGAAACCAGUUAUUUGUCUUCAGCGAUGUCGCUGGAGCCCGUCGAGGGGCCCCUUCUUUCAACCCACAAUGUCUUAAGUGGCAGGCCUACCUGAAAUUCGUCGGAAUUGACUUCGAUCUCGUCCCCUCAAAUAACCACGCAUCCCCAUCCGGCGUCCUCCCUUUCCUCCUCCCAGCUCUUCCAGUCGGUACCGGCACGCCGAUUCCAUCCGGUAAAUUGCAGAAAUGGGCCAUUGAGGAGGUCCACUGUGAAGAGGAACAGCAAUUGAACGUGCGCUUCGAAGUGUAUUUAUCGCUGCUGGACACCCGGAUACGGAAUGCUUGGCUCUACCAACUCUACCUAAACCAUAACAACUUCGAAUCUGUUGCACAACGCCUCUAUGUCAAUCCGUCGAGUACCAAUUUUGCCGUUCGAUCCGUGCUAGCAGCACAGUUGCAGCAGGCUGCGCGAGAUGAGCUUCUGAAGUCGUCAGCAUACAUUGAUGCUAGUGCUUUAGAGGCCGAGGCUGCAGAAGCAUUCGAAGCGCUCUCUACGUUACUCGGCGACAAAACUCACUUUUUCGACCGGCCAAAUCCAGGACUGUUCGACGCUAGUGUGUUUGCUUAUACGCAUUUGAUACUGGACCAAAAGAUGGGGUGGAAAUAUAACAGACUGGAACAACUACUAUCACAGCAUGAAAAUCUUGUCCGACAUCGGGAAAGGCUACUAGGUUUCUUCUAG